GUUGACAAAAGGCGCACCAAACGUUACAUAGCUAAACUAGAUGCUCAAUGUGUAAUGUUGGAUUUGCUACAUGCACUGUCUGCAUCGUGUUUUUAGUUUUUGCGGUUAAAGUAUGUUGUAUUUGAGUUUAUUUUUAUCAAAUGCAUGUCAUUCGGAUUUCGUAAUUUGUUCCGUUUGAUAGUACAGGAGGGGAAAGCAGCGUCCAGCCAGCUGCACGGAUUGAGCGACGUAGUGCGGUGAGUUUGAGCCGCCUGCAUGCCCGCCUGCCUGCUGGAGAGAAUCCAUCACAGAGACAAACCGCCCCCUCCCACUCGAACGCCCCCGCUUCAGAUGGAACUCAAAAUACAUAAAGCCUCCAUGUUGCACAGGGAAUGUCGGGCCACCAGAUGUGAAACGCGACUUAAAAAGUGCAUGUCUCCCUUUUAAGACGCCGAGCCACUUGUGAGUAAUUCGUGUUUGUUUUUGUUUUUUUGGACGGGCAGCAAUUCUCCAGAAGGAGCUUCGGAGUGUUUUCAGCGCUGUUCCAGACAGGGACGGCCUCGCAUUGGAUAUUCGGAGCUAACUGGCUAACCCCAAACCUGCUUUCCGACUUUACUUAGUUUAUAGUUUAAGGUCGGUUUUUAGUUUUCUUGUUUUGCUUCUUCUUCUUUUUUUAGACAGAGACAUUGCCGAAGCUGUUCAUAAGCACUAGCUCGAAACGAUUUUUUUUUUUUUCGGACAGCCAUAGAUGACAGCCUCUAAACAGCACCGUGCUAGCUGGCUGGCUCCCACCGCUGCCACAACGCUUCGCCUCAGACGGUUUCCUGGCUUUGUGGCCAAGCUGCUCUCCCUCGGUGUCAACUGCUAGCUUAGUGGAGCUAGCAGACGAAGCAAGCGCGUUACCACGAAUAACAUUGUUGCAAGACGAACCAAGAAUAAACACCCGCCUCAAUGGACCACAUGUCCAUAAUAACUCAAGUUUCCAACCCGAAGGAGGAGGAAAUAAUCUCUUUUAACCAAGAAAAAGCGUCCCAGUCGAACAGCAGCCUGAAGAAGCAGAGGAGCCGCAGCAUAUUCAGCACAAUCUUUUGCUGCUUUCGCAACUACAAUGUGGAGCCACCAGCCACCAACAGCACUCUGCCUCCUCCUGUUGAGGAGAACGGAUCGCCUCCCAAGUGUGACCAGGUCGAGGUCAUCCCUGUCCCUAGUCCGCCGGCCAAAUACCUCCUACCAGAGAUGAAAAUAUCCGACUACGGUAGAAAGUGUGUGGUGAUCGACUUGGACGAAACCCUCGUGCACAGCUCCUUUAAGCCCAUCAGUAACGCUGAUUUUAUUGUACCGGUGGAGAUCGAUGGUACCGUUCAUCAGGUGUAUGUGCUGAAAAGGCCCCAUGUGGACGAGUUCCUCCAGAAGAUGGGAGAGUUGUUUGAAUGUGUGCUCUUCACAGCCAGUCUCGCUAAGUACGCAGACCCUGUGGCCGACCUGCUGGACCAGUGGGGCGUUUUUCGAGCGCGGCUCUUCAGAGAGUCCUGCGUGUUUCACAGAGGGAACUACGUCAAAGACCUCAGUCGGCUGGGGCGGGAGCUCAACAACGUUAUCAUUGUUGACAAUUCGCCUGCCUCCUAUAUUUUCCAUCCAGAAAAUGCUGUCCCAGUUCAGUCCUGGUUCGACGACAUGAAUGACACAGAACUCCUGGACCUGCUGCCUUUUUUCGAGGGACUCAGCAAAGAAGACGAGGUUUACGGAGUCCUGCAGAACUUCCGGAGCAGGUAGCAGGACACGCGGCCCUCCUCUUCCUCCUCCUCUUCAUCGGUCGCUCUCUGUCCCUUUCUCCGGCCCGUCGUCGUCUCCAACCCCUGGACGACGACUCUACGGCAACGCGUCACUGUGGAAACCCUCUCCCCCUCUGUCUCUCUCUCUCUCUGUCUCUCCCUCUCUCUCUCUGUCUCUCUCUCUCUUUGCCUCUCUCUGUCUCUCUCUCUGUCUCUCUCUCUUUCCCUCUCUCUCCCUCUGUCUCUCUCUCUUUCUGUCUCUCCCUCCGUCUCUCCAUCUCUCUCCUCCUGGUGACUGGCUGCCUUCCGAGUGCCAUCAGAAAAACAAACUUAAAAACCUUUAUUACCCCAGGACCACUGUGUCUCUCAGAAGGCGGACAGAGUGGAGGACAAAAUACUAAGAGGAACGAACUCUAGUCUUUAUUUUCAAAUCGGCAGACUUUUAUUAUUCAGUAAAGUGCUCAUUUUUAAAACCAAAAGCAAAAGACAAAAAGAAAAAAAAAAAAAAUCAACUUUCCAUCUUUAGACUCUUUUUGUGGUACCACACAAAAGCCUGGACCCUAUUUGGUCCUCAUAUUGUUGCUAUGCAGGCAGUUUCUGGUAGUAGAAAGGACUGUGACUCUUUUCUUACAGAAUGAAGUGCCUUGUAUGAAUGUCGUUUAUAUAGGGAGUCGUUUUCUACAUGGCAGAAUAUGCUUUAAAGUGGACACAAAAGUAUCUUUAUCUGAGGUUGUACUUUGCGUUUUGUUUUUUUUCUUCGAUCAUCAUCCGCUGGGUAAUUUGUCUCGUAGUCCCUUUUUUUUUUUUUUUUGGUAUGCUUGUGCCAUUAUAUAGAUGUGACUUUAUUUUUUUGUUUUUUUAACUUUUAUUAUUAUUUGUAGAACUAGUUUUUAGGAGAACGCUUGCAGUUGAGAACAUCAACCCCCUCUCACCUGCAAGUUUUUUUUUUUUUUUGUUUAGUUUUUUUUUUUAUCAUUUGAUCUGAAAGCUCAGAUAAAACUGUGCCAUUUGUUCAUUUCUCACUCAUGAUCCCAUAUUGCAUCUUAUUAUUUGCCAAAAUGAGGAAAUGGGUUUCAAUACGCUUCAUAUCUUUGCCAGAGUUUGAGUAGACCAUUGUAGUUUAUUUUUUUGUGUGUUGAGAUGAUCUGUCAUGUUUAUCAGAUUGUUAGCUCUUUUAUGUGCGCUUUUUUUUUUUUUUUGAAAGAGUCUGGGGGUUGUUGCAGCAAAAUGGUCCAAGUGCCAUGUUUUUUGUUUUUGUUUUGUUUUGUUACUUUGUGAGACUCAAGGAUCUUUGGGAAGAGUUUGUUGUUGAAAAUCACACCUUCACCUUGAUGUACGUGCGGUCGUGGCGCCCUGGUGUAAAAACCAGCGAAGACCAUAUUUGAUGUUUAUCUUCCCACACUUUUUCUUUUUAUAGAGGAAAAAAAACAACUCUUCUUCACCUCAGUGCCUAUGUUUGAGAGGAGCCCAGCAAAACCGAAUGCUGCAACAUUAGCUACCAUGGCAAUAACCUUUUUUUGUUUUGGUUUUUUUUUUUUUUUUUUUUUUCUUCCUCGUUUUCUUGUUCUUUCUUGUCCCAGUAUGUUUGUCGUUUCUGAGAGCACUUGACAAAUCUCGGUAGUGGAGGUUUGACUGCGACACGCGAUUUGAUAAAAGACAACCUUUUUUU